AUGACCUUAGUCAACGAGUCGGAUGAGACCCUCCCCUCCCCUCCUUCCGAAUCCUCCUUUAAAAACAAUUUCUCAGCUUUCAUCACCAGUGACCCUUCGUAUUCUCCCGUAUCCCUCCCCACCUCUUCAUCCUCCUCCCUGCUGACUUCCUCCAACUGCACCAGCUCUCCAUCAUCUCCUUCUGACAACUUCUAUGCAGUGCUGUUGGUGCUCCUGAUCUUCUGCGUGGUGUUCGGUAACGUGUUGGUGUGUGUGGCGGUGUCACGGGAGCGCGCCCUGCAGACCACCACCAACUACCUCAUCGUCUCCCUGGCUGUAUCCGAUCUCCUGCUGGCAACGCUGGUCAUGCCCUGGGGAGUUUACCUUGAGGUGGUAGGAGAGUGGCACUUUAGCCUCAUCCACUGUGACAUUCUGCUCACGCUGGACGUCAUGAUGUCGACCGCCAGCAUCCUCAACCUGUGUGCCAUCAGCAUCGACAGAUACACCGCCGUGGCCAUGCCGCUGCUCUACAACACCAGGUACAGCUCCAGGAGGAGGGUGGCCGUGAUGAUCUCCGUGGUGUGGUUCCUCUCGUUCGCCAUCUCCUGCCCUUUAUUGUUCGGGCUGAAUAAUACCGCUAGUCGAGAGGGUACCACCUGCAGCUUCGCAGACCCGGCCUUUGUGGUGUACUCGUCUGUAGCUUCAUUCUACGUCCCGUUCAUCGUAACGUUGCUGGUGUACGCUCAGAUCUGUGUGGUGUUACGCAAACGAGGCAGACGCACCGCUCCGCCAUGCAAACAUGGUCUGCUCAAGCAAAGUGGGGCAGGAGCAGGAGAUGGUCGACAUCAAAAGAAUAAAUGUACACAACCAGAAGAUGUGAAGCUGUGCACCCUGAUUCUAAGACCUGCUACUGCAGUCCCCCAACGCAAAAAGGUGCAUCCCCAUCUUUCUUUGUCCCCCAAAGCUUGCCUCCCUCACCGCCCGCCCUCACCUCUCUCCGUGUGUCAGACCCUGGUUCACCCUCUCGAGGUGGAGCCAGGUCAGUUCUUGUCACAGACUGAGCAAAGCCACGCUCCUCCUGCCGCUCCCCAAACUUCCUCCCACUCGGGACGAGCUCAGAUCUCCCUCUCCAUCUCGGUCGGGCCUGCCCCCGCUCUUCCCUCAAACAUGACGAGAUCAGCCCUGACACCUCGUCCUCCCACCCUUGAGGACGGGAUGAGGGGCCGUGAAGGAUGGCGGAAGCGCAGUGGAGGGAGGGAAAAGUGGAGCGCCACCAAGGAGAGGGUGAGAGGGAGGCUGUCACAGCAGAAAGAGCGGAAGGCAACGAAGAUGCUCGCCAUCGUGCUUGGUGUGUUCAUCAUCUGCUGGCUGCCGUUCUUUCUGACCCACGUGCUGAAAGCACACUGCAGCAGCUGCUGCAUCUCUCCGUCGCUGUACAGCGCCGUCACUUGGCUCGGGUAUCUCAACAGUGCCGUCAACCCCGUCAUCUACACCACUUUCAACAUUGAGUUCCGCAAAGCCUUCAUCAAGAUCCUCCACUGCUAGGCAGGGCGGAGAAGAGGCGUCAGAUGUCAGACAGAAAAAUGUUAAAAAUUGGUUUGAGGUCUGGGAGGAAAAAGGUAAAAGAUAAAAGUAAAGAACUCUGAGAACUGAGUCAUGUGUUUGGACGACGAUGAUGGCUUUUAAUACGAGAGAGAAAUGGAGCCAGACGACACUAAACAAAAGACAGAAAAAACAUGCAGAGGGUGUCAGCAUGCACAAAAGAAACGACCAAAAGACCACAAAGUCAGCGUGACGAGCAGAAGAUGGCAACAAGAAAAUCAAAGCAGGCUGAGACGUUUUUAGAAGGGUAGACAUGCUUUGUGUUGUAUAUAAAAAUAUUCUGUAAGGGGUGAAAGUGGGAGGAGGUGACUCAGACUCCAUAUGUCAGAUUUACUGCAACAAGACUUUUUCCACAUCUCAGUGGUACGAUUCAUUUGCAUCAGACGUCUUGUUAUCUGUUUGCAUGUGCUCUAAAUAAAUCAUCGUGAAAAUAGCUUCAAUAAAAGUAGCUUUAAUUUGACAGUAAAAUGCUUUCUUUCUUUUUAGGACAGCAUUAAGCAAGAUUUCACUUUACUGGCAACAAAAAGUGGACCAGUGUGUAACUUUUGAACAGUCCCAGCUACAGAACACAUUUUAACCCAUGUAGAACCCACAAAGACCUUCUAAGAUGGCAUUUGUGAUUCUUUCAUGGCUAUGCAACACAUCUUUAUUUGUAUAGCACAUUUCACAUAUGUAGGCAAUUCAAUGUGCUUUCCAGGAGCAAGAUUGUUUCUAAAUGUAUAAGCCUUUAAAGUGAUAGUAUGUGUUUUUCCUGGCGAUAGGAGGCAGUAGAUACCCAAAUCAUUGCAAGCAAGCAGCAUUUUUGUGUUGGAGUGAGGCCUUACCAACGGAUGCCCAUUAGGGUAAAAAAAAAGGUAAAAUGGCCUGUAUUUGAUAUAGCGCCUUCUAGAGUCCUGGAACCCCCCAAGGCGCUUUACAACACAACCAGUCAUUCACCCAUUCACACACACAUUCACACACAUUCAAGCCCUGGGGAGUGCAAACUUUAACAAAAUAGCAAGCACAUCAGACUCCCUUUUAUCACUGGCAACAAGUGAAGAGGUACAUGUGUGAAACAAAAACAUUUAAGAUUGACGAAGGUUUUGUAAACGUUUGUUACAAAUCAUUAAAGGCAUUUUGUCCUAAUGGGCUCCCGUAGGAGGAAACAUGGCAUCUAAUAUGGCGUCGCUCAGACACUUAGGGUUUUUCUCAAUGCUAAGUAACCUCGCCUUGAUUU